AUGUCAAAUUACACUGGUCCGCUGCACAGUAAAAGGCAGAAGAAGGAUUCGUCCCUCUCUCCGUCGUCGUCGUUAUCAAUGUUGCCAAACGAUGUUGCUCUGAACUGCUUGUCUCGCCUCUCGAGAUUAGACAGCGCAGCAUUGUCUCUGACCUCCAAGAGCCACCGCUCUCUCGUGGUUUCGCCUGAGCUUUUCCGCACGCGUGAGCUGAUGGGUUGUACCGAGGAGUAUUGCUACAUCUGCUUAAGCACUCCUCCUAACCCAAUUCCAUGCUGGUUCAUCCUCCGCCGUGGAGGACCGAUCCCAUCGCAUCCUUAUCAUCAGCCUCUAGAAGCGUCCUCUUUCGUAGAGCUGGAUUUGGGGAUCUAUAUCAUUGGUGGAAUCAUAAACGGAAGCCCCACUUCAGAUGUCUUGCUUCUUGAUUGUCUCUCUCACACCUGGCGACGUGUCCCGUCCAUGAGAGUGGCUCGCACUUCCGCAGCAGUAAAAGUGGUAGAAGGGAAGAUUUACGUGUUUGGAGGCUGCCAGGAGGUUGAUUCCCCCAACAGGGCAGAGGUUUUCGACCCAAAGACGCAAACUUGGGACACCUUGCCAUUACCUGAGGAUCCAGAGAUACGCAAGAACACAAGUAUGAUCGACAAUAGUGUGGUGAUUGAAGGUAAAGUUUACGCGGUGGACGAGGAGGAUCAAAGCUUCUUCUACCUGCCACGUGAAGGUAUAUGGAGAAGAGGAAACCGGGAUUCUAAGCGGGGAAACCGAAUGGACUGGUGUGCCAUAGGGAAACUGUUAUACUGUUUUGGUACCCGCGGUAAAAUAAUGUGGUGUGAGCCAGAUGAGUUAGAUGGGAAGGAAGUGAAAGGUUUGGAUGUUGUGCAGUGGUGUGUAUUUGCUUUAAAAGCAAACAACUGUGCUAUGGACGAGACUCUCGCUUGGAAGCUCCACAUGACCGAAAAUGGUCUCAGCAGACUGAGCAGCAAUUCUCGUGGGAACAUUGUGGUCUUCUGGAAGGUGCAUAUCCCGCGUACUGAACGGUUGGAGCUUUGGUCUGCAGAGAUUUCUUUGGAGAGGCGCGAGGGAGGCGACAUUUGGGGGACAAUUUGA